GCCUCCUCACCACGCCCCGUCGGGGGCGGGACCGGCCCGUCCCGGCGAUUUGGGGACCGGCGGAGCUGUUCGGCCGAGAAGUCGCGAGUGGGAGUUGUGGGAGCUGCUCUCCUCCCUCGCCAUUAUGUCCCACUCGGUGGUCCUGCGUGGCCCUUCGCCGUGGGGUUUUCGCUUGGUGGGCGGUAAAGAUUUCAGCGCCCCGUUGACCAUCUCCAGGAUUAACCCUGGCAGUAAAGCAGCCAUGGCAGACCUGUGCCCAGGAGAUAUUAUUCUGGCAAUUAAUGGAGAGAGCACAGAUAACAUGACACACCUAGAAGCACAAAACAAGAUCAAAGCUUGCAUGGACCAGCUCCUGCUCUCAGUGAACAGAACUGAUGGGAAGACCUGGUCGCCGCCUGUUCUGGAAGAUGGCAAAGCUCAAGCGUACCGGAUCAACAUAGAGCCGGACCCACAGGACAACGGGCCUGCCCAGAGCAGGAGGUCAAUGCCCCAUGGGGCUGGCGGCAGUCCCGUGGACAGCAAGCAGAUGUUGAACAUGCAGCACCAUCACCCGACCCGGCUCUACCCCAACAGCGGCUCCGAGGCGGCUCUGCCAGGCCAGCUGAGUGGGCUCCACAUCGCUCCUGCCCAGAGCCUUGACCCCUUGAAGUCUCUCCCGCGGAACAGAAAUGGGAUUGAUGUGGAGUCAGAUGUCUACAAGAUGCUUCAGGAUUAUGAAAAGCCGAUUUCAGAGCCUAAGCAGUCUGGAUCCUUCCGAUACUUGCAGGGCAUGUUGGAGGCUGGUGAGAAUGGUGAAAAACUCGACAAGCUCAGCAAUCCCCGAAAUGUCAAGUCCCCGGUGCCGAAGCUUGGUGGUGCCAUGUCCGGGCUGCAGAUGCUCCCCGAGUGCACUCGCUGCAGGAACGGCAUUGUGGGCACAAUCGUCAAAGCUCGGGACAAGCUCUACCACCCCGAGUGCUUCAUGUGUGAUGACUGCGGCCUCAACCUGAAGCAGAGAGGGUAUUUCUUCAUUGAGGAGCAGCUGUACUGCGAGACGCAUGCCAAGGAGAGGGUUAAACCCCCUGAGGGAUAUGACGUGGUGGCUGUUUAUCCCAAUGCCAAAGUGGAACUUGUCUAAACCCGGGCUGCGCUCUGGAGAGGUCGGGCGGCCGUGCGCCCACCCACGUCCUCCCCGCCGGCUGCGCAAUGUGGCUGUAAUCAACCCCGACUGCCAAAGCCCAAGUUAAAAUGCCUUUUCCUAGAUAAAACCGUUUACACUUGGGAUCUCCAGGGGAUGGUGUUGAAAGCAUAUGAACAGGUUUUUUCCUUCUUUUUGACACUCUGCUUUUUUGGGUUGCUGUGUUGAGUUAUUAGUCUGUGCCAUAACCUUAUUCAUGAUCUGUGUAAAUACUGAUUAAUUCUCUACUCUGUUUCAUAUAAAACCAGUAUUCCUUUUUUUUUUUUGCCCCACCGCUUCUUCUGAAAAAGCAAGGAAGGUAUUUUAAAAGCUCAAAGAAAAGAAGGCACUUUAAGGUCAGGAUACAGGAGUCAGCUUCUUUUGUUAAUCUCCUGCCCUCCGGCUGCCCAAAGGAUUAAAAACCAAUCCCUUGAGGAGUCUGGGACGUGGUACCAGUGGGUCAGGGUCCCUGGCUCAGCCCCACCCCAGCAGGUGUGCCCAGAAAGGGCAAUCUCUGAAAACAGUAUUUGCUGUGAAAUUCCCUAGAUUGGGGCACUGCUGUUCAAGGCUGAGACAGGCUGAUCCAAGUUCCCUGAGAGAUCUCCACACUAAGCAUGCAACGAGGCUUUUUUUUUUUCUUUUUUCUUUUUCACUCCUAAUUCAGUUGUUCUGUCAUCUGAUCACCUGAGUAACACCUUUAUAGGGCAAUGAGAUAGCACAGAGCCCACCUCUGCUAUUCCCAUCUCCUGCACUCCUGCCUCACACCUGUCCUGCUUUGGCUGUUCUGACUCUUCUCCAGCUUUUACUAUAUUUUUGUAGUCCUUUAUUUCUAGAUCCCCAGACUGCUGCCAUCUUGGUCUGCCAGGGAGGUGGUGAUGAAAUCCCUCUAGACACUUAGGAAGUAACUGGAAUGGCAGUGAGCCCAGAUAUGAGCCUGGAGUCCAGAGGCAGCAGGUUUGGAUUUGUACCUGUAUCCCAGGUCCGUCAUCCACUUUAUCUGAUGGGGAAGCAUUUCUGAGGAUCUUGGGAUGUUGCUUUGUUGGAGAAAUGUUUGAGUUUUUUUCCUUUUAAUUUUUGGAGGGGAGAGAGAGAGUUGUCACCCAGUUGCUGGGUGCCAUUGUGGGUGGUGAUAGGAGCUGUGUGUUUGGUACCAUGAGGGUGGUUCUGCUUUGCAGCAGUCUCCUUCCUCCUUCUCAUGUGAAAAGAGGGAGGCUGGGUUUGGAAAAGAAAUGUCUGUACUCUUUUCCCUUCUGUGGAAAAGGAAGAUAAGAGAUGGGGCAAUGGCCAAAGCACUCCUUCUCUGGCUCUCUGUAACAAGGGUCUGAGAAAUCUGGGACUGGAGGAGGGUUGGGAGUGUUAUCCUGGUUAGAGCUGGGCAUGCAAUUUCUUCCUACAGGUUCUGCACCCAGAGGGAGUAAGGAUUUUAGGGUGUUACAUGGGCACAUUUAGACAUUUUCGCAUGGUGUGGCUCCUGCCUGGUGCCUGGCAGGCUGCCUGAGCCUGCAUCCCAGCAUCGCAGCUGGGUACCACCAGCUGGGUACCACCUCGCAGCCACAGGGAUGCUGGCCCUGUGUGUUCCUGCUACCAGCAGAACACCCAGCUGCCCCUCCUGCUGUUGGGAUUUUUAAUUACUGAAGUACAAGAAACACAUGGAAAACUUUAUCACAGUGCCGAGCCUUGUUUUUCAUGUAUUUGCAUAACCUAGCUUGUUAGGUUGGACCAUCUGAUGGGAAAUACUUGGGACAACUGUAAAUGAUGAGGAGACUAACAAUAAUCAGGUGGGAAGUGUUACUGCCCUUGUUUUUGGGCCUUUGCUUGGAGCUCAUUAGUUGGCAGAUCGUCAGAAACAUUUGUUCUGUAUUCCUCCAUUAACCUCAUGCAUUGCUGGGAUGAGCUAUGGUGUCCAUUGUGUUAAAGUUCAAGCUUCCCCGAAACACAGGACUGAAUCCAGCUCUGCUGAGCAAUGGAAAACUCACAACACAAACAGUCCUGGGGGCUUUUCCCAUUUUCCACCUAGACAUGGCCACAGCUGCCAGCUGGGGCUGUGUCACCCUCUGCAGCCCUUGUCCCCUGUUUAACUCCAUCUUGUUGUGUCUAGGGGAAUGCCAGGCAUCUUGCAGCCUUGGCACAGGGAACAACUUAGAAGUUCAUAAAUGGUUUCAUUGCCAUCAUUUUGAAUGCGUGAGCAGGCUGCUGGCAGGGCAUCCUUGGCAGGGCAUCCAGGCCUUGCCUAGCUGCUGCACCAUUACAGCACUGGGAGCACUGGGCAUGGGGUUUUUCAUUAAAGCUAAAACCAAGUUCCCACAAAUCAACGUUUCCAUGUGGUUGCCUCAUAAUACUUUUUCUUAGGAGUAAUCAACUCCUUUGAUCCUCUCCCAAGGAGCCUGAAGCUGGAGCUGCCUCACACAACCCCAGCCCAGGGCACGUUGGUUCCCGGUUUCAGGCCACGUCAUUGACAUUACGGGGUUUGUGGGAGCUGCUGCAAGUGAGGCUCCUGUGUCCCCAGGUAACGCUAUUUAACUCUGUACAACAGGGGGAGGGUGCUGUUUGUAUGAAAUACAAAAUAAAGUUGUAUUGUCAGUUUUUUGUCUUGCA